UGUUUGGCACAGAGUAGCGAUUAGCGUUUAAGCAUAAGCCAUAAGCCCCUUCUCUCUCUUUCCAGAGCGAAAGGAUCUCACUUUUGAAAAUAACAUAAUCGUGUGCUCUCUGUCCCAAACCAAAAACAAACCGCGGCAACUCAGUUUCUCCGAUCACCGACUCAACAAUAUUCGAAACCCUUCGUUACUUCGAUCGGCGAAGAAGAGAACCCAAACACCGGUGCUUUUUUUAUAUUUUGGGGCUCCGAAUUGAAUCUCGUCGGGGGAAUAGCUUGAAGAAAAGGCGCACGGAAUCUUAGGGUUUAGGAGCGUGGAACGAACGGUUUUCACUUCCCGAGCUUGGAUUGAUUUGGAAAUGAAUCGCUGAUUGAGGAAUUUGGAGGGAAAUUCGCAAGGAGAGGAAAACCUAAUUUUCCAACUUCAUCUUUUUUCUUCCACUUCGGUUCUCUUCGUUUGCAUGAUUAUCAGAGUGGAAGUGCGUCAGUGAAGUUAGGAUUAGAGGGUUUUUGAGAGCUGUGAUUGUAUUUGAUCGCGGGUGGAAGAUCCAUCGGCGCAGAAAACUCGUAACAUGAAGAUAGUUAUUUGGAAUUUUGAGGUUUGAGCUGUGUAAGUGUUCGCUUUGAUGAGGUGUUGGUUAAUACGUUGAAUAGACAUUGGUCGGUGAACACGACAUGGACUACGAUUCAGAUAACCCAUCGCAAGAUGGGAGGGAUGAAGAUGAUGAAGAAGAAUAUGAGGAGUCUGGCAAGGAUAGUGGUUUUUUAGCCCUCAUGUUUGGAAAUUUUGAUAAUUCGGGUGGUCUUGAUGCUGAUUACUUUGACGAGGAUGCAAAGGAGCAUAUUCAUGCAUUGGCCGGAAAGUUGGAUUCAUCACUGACAGAUAUAGAUUUGUCAGGAAAAUCACCGCAAACACCACCUGAUGUUGUUGAACAAGACUCUAUUGAAAAGGCUGAAGAUGCAGUUGAUUAUGAAGAUAUUGAUGAGGAGUACGAUGGCCCAGAGACUGAAGCUGCAAAUGAAGAGGACUAUUUACUCCCAAAAAAGGAAUUUUUCGCUGCUGAAGCCUCCCUGGAAGCUCUAGGGUCUAGAACUUCUGUCUUUGAUGAUGAAAAUUAUGAUGAAGAAUCUGACAAGGAACAAGAUGGAGUUGAUGAUUCUAAAGCUGUCUCAUUGGCUGGGGAGCAGGAAAAGAGUGUUGUAGAUGCAUCUAAAGAAGACAAAGACAGUGCGCUUGAACGUGAUGUACAAGUUGGGUUGCAGCAGACUGAAGAAUUGGCCAUCAAGGUAAAGACACUUGAGGAAGGGCCUGAAGUUCUGAAAAGGUCUACGCCGUUGCCAGUUUUGUAUGUGGAAGAUGGGAUGGAAAUUUUACGCUUCUCUGAAAUCUUUGGUAUUCAUGAACCUCUGAGGAAAGGAGAAAGGAGAGAGCAUCGGCAUUCUGUUACACACGAUAGAUACAAAUCAUUGGAUUUAUCUGAUGAUAUUGUAGAAGAGGAUGAAGAGGCAUUUCUCAAGGGAUUCUCUAGUCUUUCACUGACCAAACAGGCUUGUGUAGUCCAUAAUGAUGCAUCAGAAAGUAAUGAUGUUGAUUUGGAAUUUCCAAAAUUUGGAUUUCUUCAUGGGGAUGCCUCAACACCUGCGAAAGAUGAUCGACAACAAAAGGACUCUUGUCUUAGUGCUGAACCAAUGAAAGGCGAUUUCACGAAUGAGCUUCCAUGGAAAGAUACUUAUGUCUUGUCAGCCAACUUUUAUCCUCUUGAUCAGCAAGAUUGGGAAGAUGAAAUCAUUUGGGGCAAUUCUCCUGUUGUAAGUGACACUAAUUUUGAGAGCUGUGAAAUUUCGGGACCAGAGUUGGGAGCCUCUGGUGGUAGUGAAAUAGAAAUUGAAAGUGGGAUACAGAAUAUACAGUUGGAGCCCCAGAAAAUAAUGGAGGAGAAAAAAAGUAAUGUUUUCAUGUGCAGCUCUCCUUUAUCAUUGGAACCAAUUGGCUCAAGGGACUCUUCUGAUGCUAAAACUGAUUUAUUAUCUAAAAAUCUAUUUCAUCCCCAGCUUUUGAGGUUAGAAUCCAGAUCAGAGAUGGAUGACACUGGUUAUGCAGAUGGAAGAGCGGAGUACACAUCUGAAAAGCAUAAUGAGCUUGGCCAUGUAAAGCGUUUUACCAAGGUGAUGUCUCAAAAUAGAGACCUGGCUGAGGGGUCUUGGUUAGACAAUAUUAUAUGGGAGUUCAAUAAACCUUCUGUUAAACCAAAGCUUAUCUUUGAUCUUGAAGAUGACCAAAUGCACUUCGAAGUUUUGGAUAACAAGAAUAGUAGCCAUCUUCACCUUCAUGCUGGGGCUAUGAUUUUGACUCGUUCCCUAAAAUCAAGCAGUGGGGAUUCUGAGCUACCAGUACAGGGAGGUCAAUAUGGAUGGCGAUAUGUUGCUAAUGAUAAACAUUAUUCAAACAGGAAAACUUCUCAGCAACUGAAGUCAAAUUCUAAGAAACGCUCAGCGCAUGGUGUCAAAAUUUUCCACUCCCAACCUGCACUGAAGCUGCAGACAAUGAAGUUGAAGUUGAGCAAUAAAGAUAUUGCAAAUUUUCACCGUCCUAAAGCAUUAUGGUAUCCCCAUGAUAGUGAGGUUGUUGUCAGAGAACAGAGAAAACUGUCAACACAGGGACCCAUGAAAAUUAUUAUGAAGAGCUUGGGUGGCAAGGGGACAAAACUACAUGUUGAUGCUGAAGAAACUCUAGCUUCUGUUAAAGCAAAAGCUGCUAAAAAGCUAGGUUGUCAAUUUUGUUUUUCUUUCCUCUGGCAUCUCUCUCUCUCUCUCUCUAAAACAUAUAAUUUCAAGGGAUCAGAAAACGUGAAAACAUUUUAUUUGGGGAGGGAGCUUGAGGAUCAGAAAUCACUUGCUGCACAGAACGUUCAACCAAAUUCAUUGUUACACCUUGUACGGACAAAGAUUCACUUGUGGUCAAGGGCACAAAGGGUUCCUGGUGAGAAUAAGUCACUGCGUCCUCCAGGGGCAUUCAAGAAAAAGUCUGAUCUGUCCGUGAAAGAUGGCCAUGUUUUUCUGAUGGAGUAUUGUGAGGAAAGGCCUUUACUUUUGGGCAAUGCUGGAAUGGGUGCAAGGCUUUGUACGUACUAUCAAAAGUGUUCUCCAGAUGAUCAAUCUGGCUCUUUAUUACGCAACACUGAUAAUAGCUUGGGGCACAUUAUAUCUCUCGAUCCAGCUGAUAAAUCUCCGUUCCUUGGGGACUUGAAACCUGGCUGCAGUCAGUCCUCACUGGAGACAAAUAUGUAUAGAGCACCUAUAUUUCCUCAUAAAGUUCCAUUAACUGACUACCUGCUGGUACGCUCACCAAAGGGAAAGCUAUCACUAAGGCGCAUUGAUAAAAUUAAUGUUGUUGGACAGCAGGAGCCUCUGAUGGAGGUGUUAUCACCUGGAAGUAAGAAUCUUCAGACUUACAUGAUGAACAGGCUAUUAGUACACAUGUGCCGUGAAUUCCAAGCGGCAGAGAAGCGGCUCUUGCUCCCAUGUGUCCGUAUUGAUGAGCUUCUGUCACAAUUUCCUUACCUAUCAGAAGCCUCUUUCCGUAAAAGGAUUAAGGAAUAUGCCACUUUACAGAGGGGAACAAAUGGACAGUCAAUUUUGGUUAAAAAGCGAAAUUUUCGCAUGUGGUCUGAGGAAGAAUUAAGAAAAAUGGUGACCCCAGAACUUGUUUGUGCUUAUGAAAGCAUGCAAGCUGGCCUCUACCGUCUAAAACAUUUAGGCAUAACCGAAACACACCCUACUAAUAUUUCGUCUGCAAUGAGUCGGCUUCCCGAUGAAGCGAUUGCACUGGCUGCUGCAUCACAUAUUGAAAGGGAACUGCAGAUUACUCCUUGGAACUUGAGUAGCAACUUUGUUGCCUGUACAAGCCAGGGUAAGGAAAAUAUUGAACGAAUGGAAAUCACUGGUGUCGGGGAUCCAUCUGGCCGUGGCUUGGGAUUUAGCUAUGCUCGGGCACCUCCAAAGGCACCAGUGUCUAGUGCAGUGGUGAAGAAGAAAGCUGCUGCUGGCCGGGGUGGUUCCACUGUUACUGGUACAGAUGCUGAUCUCCGUAGAUUAAGCAUGGAGGCUGCACGGGAGGUGCUGCUUAAAUUCAAUGUUGCUGAGGAAGUCAUUGCAAAACAAACAAGAUGGCAUCGCAUUGCUAUGAUACGCAAACUUUCAAGUGAGCAGGCUGCAUCUGGGGUUAAGGUCGAUCCAACUACUAUCAGCAAAUAUGCUCGUGGCCAGCGAAUGUCUUUUCUUCAGUUACAGCAACAGACCAGAGAGAAGUGCCAAGAGAUCUGGGAUCGACAACUUCAGAGUCUUUCAGCUGUAAAUGGUGAUGAAAAUGAGAGUGAUUCAGAAGAGAACAGUGAUCUAGAUUCUUUUGCUGGUGAUCUUGAAAAUUUACUUGAUGCUGAGGAGUUUGAAGAGGGAGAAGAGGGUACCAAUGACUUGAAACGUGAUAAGGGAGAUGGUGUUAAGGGUCUCAAAAUGAGAAGACACCCAACCUCAGCCCAAGCUAAGGAGGAAAAAGAAGAUGAAGAGGCUGAGGCUGCCGAAUUAUGCAGGUUGCUCAUGGAUGAUGAUGAAGCUGACAGGAAGAAAAAGAAGAAAGCUAGAGUUGUGGAAGAAGCUAGACUGGUACCAAAGCCGCCACCAAAAUUCAUCAUCUAUGACAGUACUGAACAAAAUAAGCAAGUAACAAAUACUUCACAACUAGAUGGAACCAUUCAUUUGAAAGAUGAUGCAAUUACAGAUCUCAGGGAGGAGGAAACUUUUCCUGCUAAAAAAGCGAAGUCAGUGAAGGUCACAAAAGCAAAGAAGAAUGAAAUUGCACCUAUUAGUCUACCUAAUAAAAAACUCAAACUAAAUAUAGGAGAAGGAGCAAUCAAGGUAUUUAAGGAGAAAAAACCAUCCAGGGAAACUUUUGUUUGUGGAGCAUGUGGCCAGCUUGGGCACAUGAGGACCAACAAGAACUGUCCAAAAUAUGGUGAAGAUCUAGAAGCACAGAUUGAAUCUACAGACAUUGAAAAACCAUCUGGAAAGUCUAUCAUUUUGGAUCCCUCUAAUCAGUCCCAGCAGAAAAGCCUCACGAAAAAGUUGGUGCCUAAAACUGCACCCAAAACCCCUUCAGUUGACAAUUCCACAAAAUUGAAGUUCAUAUGCAUCUCCACUGAGAAGUCUUCUGAUAAACCUGCUUUAGAAAACCUGCAGAGUUCUGAGAAGCCAGUCACGUCUGAUUCUGAAACUGCUAGGUCUGCUAAGGUUAAUAGAAUAAUUUUUCCUAAAAAAGUAAAGCCAGAUGAUACACAGGCUGAAUCUGUAAGACGUCCUAUCGUUAUUCGGCCUCCUACUGAUUCUGCUAGAGGUCAGGUUGAUUCUCCCAAGGUCCCAAUUAAAUUUCGGCCACCUACAGAUAUAGAGAGGGAGAGACAUCAUCAAAAGCUUGUUAUUAAACCUGCAAAGGAGAUUGUUGAUGUGGACCUUGACAGUCCUUAUGGAAACAAACGACUAGAACACAGAAAAACCAAGAGAAUUGUUGAACUGGCCAAUUUUGAGAAACAAAGAAAGCCAGAGCCCAUGUAUCGGCAAGCUAAAGAGGAGAGGAGAUGGUGGGAAGAGCAAGAGAAACGAAGAAACGAAGCGAGACUCAAAGAAGAAAGGGCUAGAAGACACCACAAAGAAGAAGUUAGGAUGCUCAGAGAGCAAGAGAAGUUAGACGAGAUAAAAAGAUUCGAAGAAGAUAUUAGAAGAGAGAGGGAGGAGGAGGAACGGCAAAAGGCGAAGAAGAAAAAGAAGAAGAAAAAGCCCGAAUUUACAGACGACUAUUUAGAUGACCCCAGAGCUAGAAGAUAUGAUAAGAGGAUGCUAGACAGAGACAAGAGCACGAAGAGGAGAUCCAUCGAGUUAGGAAAACGUGGCGCAGACUUGAUGCCGCCAACAAAACGGCGAAGAGGGGGAGGGGGAGAGGUUGGUUUAGCAAACAUAUUGGAGAGCAUUGUGGAUGCCAUGAAAGAUAGGUAUGAGCUGUCAUAUCUUUUUAUGAAACCGGUUUCCAAGAAAGAGGCUCCUGAUUACCUGGACAUUAUAGAGAGGCCUAUGGAUCUUGCUCGAAUCCGGGAGAGGGUUCGGAAUAUGGAGUACAAGAGCAGAGAGGAUUUCAGACACGAUGUUUGGCAAAUAACUUAUAAUGCUCAUAAGUAUAACGAUGGGCGAAAUCCUGGGAUUCCACCCCUUGCAGAUAUGCUUCUGGAAUAUUGUGAUUAUUUAUUGAAUGAGAAUGAUGAACACCUCACUGAAGCGGAAGCUGGUAUUGAGAAUAGAGAUUUCUAAAUGUCAUGUAAAAUUCAGAUCAUGAUUUGAUUAGGUAGAGCAGUCUUAAUUUUUUUUUAAUUAGUGUAAGUUCUUGUGUUAAAAAGAAAUGAGUGUUUUCUGUACCAAUCCCCCAUAGUCUCAUUAAUUUUUCAUCGUGUAACUGUAGAUCAGGAUGUUUCCAUUUAAAAAUUCUCUUAGAAGGCUAAACAAAGUCGAGCAGAUAAGUAGGCUACUAGGGUUAUAAAUAUAUAUGUCAUCAAUCAAGAGGACUGUUAUAGUGUUAUAAAAGUUAUUUACAUGUUCAUAUUUUAAAUGAAAACAUCGGAGCUUUCAAUAGUUCUUUC